UAAUAAAGCGGUUAAUAAAUAUUGAAUUAUCAUAGUUUUGAUUGAAGUGUUUUACAUAUAAUUGAAUGGAAAAAACACCGAUUUCACGGCUUCAGGAGAUCUGCGCCCACAACGGACUGUCACCGGAGUACCAGUUGCUGUCUGUGGAGGGUGUCGUUCACGCGCCCACUUUCAUAUACCGCGUUCAGUGCGGGGAUGUGUCGGUGACGGCCACCGGUCAGAGCAAGAAGAAGGCCAAACACGCGGUCGCAAAGAAAGCCAUUGAAUAUAUCAUUAAAGAGAGCGACUAUGAGGUGGAGAAUCCGGAAGUAAUUCUUGAGAUUCUUCGCGAACUGGAUAUUAGUGAAGCAAAUGAGAGCGAAAUGAUUGAAGAGAAGAGUGGCGACGGCGACGACGAAGAGGGAAGUGAUACGAAUCCUGUGGGAAAGUUGCAGGAAAUCUGUAUGAAGAGACACUGGAGACCACCUCUCUAUGAGACGGUCAGCGAAGAGGGCUUACCUCACGAACGCAUCUUCAAAAUGAAGUGCAUUAUAGAGAACAUGGACUUCAGUGAGACGGGUGUCGGCAAAUCCAAACGACUGGCCAAACGAAAGGCGGCACAACUCAUGACCAAACGGCUCAAAGACGAGAAUCUGGCCGACAAUGAAGAUAUUGCAGAUAAGAAUAACAAGAGUUUGGAUUCAUCUUUCCUCGAGAAUUACAUCGAAUCCAAGAGUUCUGGAAAAGUGAUUCCCGCGAAGGAGAAGAUCGACAACUUCUACACAAACUUUACUGAAGAAACUAAAGACAAAAUUGAAGACCUCAUCAAUAGCUGUGUUGAUGUGGAAACGGUUACUGAAAUGGGUUUGCGAUACGAUAGCGACUAUUUGACAAAACUGUCAGAAUUGACAAAACUGUUGGACUGUACGUUCAAAGUGCUGACUGUCCCUCAACUCAGCUUUUCGAGUACCUAUCAGUGUAUGAUUCAUAUCAUACCCAAUGAGAUCUCGUAUUCGGAUUUACCGGUUCUCACGUCUUGGGGUUCAGCCGAACAAUUAGAGGACGCAAAACAGACGGCCGCAGGAAAUGGCAUCAAAUUGUUCAGCUUUUUGGCCCACAAGCAAGCAAUUGACGUCAAACAAUAGCUCAUUAAUCUUAAGUCUCAAUCAAUAAUUAAUUACUUUAUAAAUUAAGUCAUUUUCACAUUUGUUUUUCAACUAAUUUAUAAUAAAUUAUAGUUUAUUAUCA